GAAAAAUGGAUUCUAACGACGAACCCACUUUAUCAGACCUAGAGAAUAAGGCCAAGGCUCUAAACGAAGGUUCACAAGUUAUCCUUCUUAGACAUGGAAAUUCCAUGUCUAAUCAAGAGCAUGAUGCUCUUCUCAGCUCUGAUUACACAGAUGAUCAACUUAAGACUCUUAAGAAGAAGGUUGAUCUUAUCGACUGUCAUCUUUCAGAGUUAGGCUACAGGCAGUGCCAAGAGGCACAGCCUCUUGCCAACCUUCUGAAUGUGAAGCAUGUUAUCGUGUCUCCUUUACUGAGAGCUUUAGAAACUGCCCAUAAUGUUUUUAAGGAGCAUCCAAAUUUCAAGAAUAUUACAUUCACCGUGCUUCCUCUGAUGAAGGAAUGCAUCGUCAAUUCUGACGAUGUCCCUGGAGACAUCGUUCAGAGGAUGGACGAAUACAGAGAAAUUUUUCCAAAUUUUGAUACUUCAGAAUUAGAGAAAUAUGAAGAUAUGCACAACUUCUUCCUCUAUGAUGUAGAUAUGGACUGGGCUAGGGACCUACUUCAGACAAUCGCUUCUAGAAAUAGCAAGAAAGAGACCUCUGGGUUUCGGUCAGAAAUAAUGGAAUUGCUCACAUUAAGAUUCCCGUUGUUUUUGGAAAGUGACCUUAGUCUAUAUAAAAGAGUGUUGAAAUCCAAAGAGUUCCUGAAACAAUUCUUGAUCCAGAAUCCUCUAGAAGGAGAUGAGAAGAUAGUCCUUGUUGGCCAUCGUAAUGUCUUUAACUUUUGGACAAAUAAAUGGGACAAAGAUUCCCUUGAGGAUCAAUUAGAUCAAGAUGAGUGCAUAAAGCCUCCAGAAGACGCUUAUUAUCUCAAAAAUUGUGAAUUUUAUCCUUAUGAUGGAGGAUUUCCAUAAUAAAAUAAACCUACUCUGUGCUAAACAUCAACAUUUUG